GAAUGGGCUGAUCGACCUUGGAAAUUUUACAUAUCAGAAUGGGUAACCCUAGGGAUUAACUUAUUCUUGCAUUCACGAUGAUGCUUUCACGCUAACGCUACAACAAUUACAUCGCCUAACUAUUUCGAUCUUCUUCUCUCAGGCUCUAGAUAGUAGAUUCAGGAGUGAUUCACUCUCAAAUUUCUUUCCUCUUAGCGAGGAGCUCAUUGGAAACUUGAUUACAAGUUGCUCAGAUUGCUCAAAUCUAUGUGUUAGAUGGCUGAUCAAAUGACUACGAAUUCUGACAAGCCCAAUGCACCCCAAUCCAGUGAGCCUCCAAAGCUAUCAAAAAAAGGAAGAGGGCAGGAGUUAAAAUAGAGAGAAAUAAACGAUCUUGGGUGUGGGGACACUAUGAUACAGAAAUGAAACCUCUCAUGAAAGAAAAUGAGCAAGGUGUAAAUGUACAGGUAGGUCACACUCAAAUAUCUACAUGGCAGUAUUGUUCUACUGAGUUUGCUUCCGAUUCAACAAAAAAUGGGACUAGCACACUACAAAAUCACUUAGAACAACAUUGUCCUAAGUACCCAGGUUGUGUUAAGAAUGUGGGAGUAGGUCAAAAACACCUUGGUGUCGAUAAAAAUGGUGAAAAUAUUGUUGUUACUCAUUGGAGUCAAGAAAAUUGCACUAAAGCGGCUGUGGAAAUGAUUGUUAUAGAUGAGAUGCCAUUUAGUGCAAUUGAGAAAGAGGGGUUUAGAAGAUUUUUCAAAAUUGCAAUUCCAAAGUGGAAAGUGCCUUGUAGGAAAACAAUUGUUAAGAUGUUUUUAAGCAUGUAUAGCACAAUGAUGGAAGAUUUGAAAGCUGAUCUAAAAAAUCAUUGUGUUAGCUUAACAACAGAUACAUGGACUUCAUUGCAAAAUAUCAACUACAUGGUAGUUACUGCUCAUUUCAUUGAUAGUAGUUGGACUAUGCAUAAGAGAAUUCUUAACUUUUGUGUCAUUCCAAAUCACCAAGGGAUAACGAUAGGAAAGCUUCUAGAAAAAUGUGUGCAAGACUGGUCAAUUACGAAGCUUUUAACAAUUUCUGUUGAUAAUGCAUCUUCUAACAAAGUUGCAUUGGAUUACAUAAAGAGGAAGUUAAACAAUGGUGAUAAACAACUUGUUCUUGGUGGGCAGUAUCUUCACGUUAGAUGUUUAGCUCAUAUUGUGAAUCUGAUCGUUAAAUCUGGUUUGAGAUGUAUGGAGAAGUCAGUGCUUUCGAUUAGAAAUGCAGUGAGAUAUGUUAGAAGCUCGCCUGCAAGAUAUGAUGCUUUUAAAGAGUGUGUUAAGAAAGAGGAACUCGAAAGUAGAAAAGUGUGUGUCUUGGAUGUGCCGACAAGGUGGAAUUCCACCUACAUAAUGCUUGAGACUGCACUUGAGCUCAAAGCAGCAUUUGAUAGGUUGGCAGAAGAGGAGGAAUCUAAGUAUAAUGGAUACUUUGAUGAAGAAGAAAAUGAAGAUGAAGAAUUGAGCUUCACUGGAGGGAAAGGUAGAAAAAGAGUGGGUCCUCCUGUUGAAACUGAUUGGGAUAAUUGUACUGAAUUCGUGAAGGUUUUGAAAGUUUUCUUUGAUACUACGGUGGUGUUUAGUGCAACAAAUAAGCCUACUGCACACAAAGCAUUCUUCGAGAUUGCAACGAUCAGAUCUGAGAUUGAGGAUAUGUGCUCAAAUGAUUCAGCAGAACUAUUGGAGGGUGCACAGAAAAUAUUAUUUGACAUGUCAGUUGAAAUGCAAGCCAAAUAUAGGAAGUAUUUUGAUAUUGUCGAUGAUAUGAACCAAAUUAUCCUUGUUGCUUUGGUUUUAGACCCCAGAUUCAAGUUGAAAUACUUCAGUAGAAUUCUAGAAAAGAUGUUGAAUGAAAGUAGUGAAACGGUGAAAAAAAAGAGUGACCAGUUAAAGGAUUUGAUAGUCACACUUACCGAUAUGUAUGCUUCAGAAUCAGGGUUCCAGCACAACAAAAGGCACAAAAGAAGUUGGAGGCAGUACAAGCAACAACAGGAAUAAAAAACUGUCUGGGAAAAGGGCAAUGAUGCAUGAGGAUUGGGAAAAGGGCAAUGAUGCCAAGGAAAGUUGACAGCAUUUAAUUAAUUAGAUCCUAGUUAUUUCCAAUUCAUAGUAUUUCCUAAUUCAAUUAGGAAAGUUGGCAGCAUUUAAUUAAUUAGAUCCUAGUUAUUUCCCAUUCGUAGUAUUUCUUAAUUCAAUUAGGAAAGCUGGCAGCAUUUAAUUGAUUAGAUUUUAGUUAUUUCAGAUUCAAAGUUAUUUCCUUAUUCAGUUAGGAAACUUCCUAUUAUUCUUAUGCUUCCUAUUAGGACUCUUGUAAUCUCUAUUUGAAGGGAUUAGUAUUGUUUAAUAAAGCACUUUUGGAAAGAAUUAAUUUUGAGGUGCCUUGACUAGGUCGGACACCGAUUAAUUCCACCUUAAGACUCUUACAUAAUUAUUCUUCAUCACUCCAAUAAUCUGAAACUAACAAUAUUGAUCUGAAGGUCUCAGUUGGCUCAUCUUCUCUUCUGAAGAUAAUCUUCCCCUACUUAUGGCUUAUACUGCUGACAAUUUUCUUCUUCUGGCAUAUAAAAUUGUAUCACAUCAGUUAUGGGCUGAUGUUUUGGGAAAAAGGUGGUUACAUGGUUAAAGCUUAAUUGUUUCCUUGUCAUCUAUGUUCUUUGAUUUCUGCCCAUUUUGUUCUAUUCACUUUCAGUUAUUUUUUUUUCUAAAAAAAGUUGGUUGAAUUCUGCCCAUUUUGUUAUAAAAUUCUCCUGAAUUGGUCAAUUUGUUAAAAAAAUUGGUCAAGUUGACAACAUUUUGCACUGAAAACAUACUAAUACAAAAGAUAUGUGUUGAAUAUAAUAUGAAGUUGUUCAAUCUGUAGGAAUAAAAAAUUGUGUGGGAAAAGGGCAAUGAUGCAUGAGGAUUGGGAAAAAGAUCUUGAAGAAGGGAGUUAAUUGUUGUUGCUCAUGAGGUUGACAGGUACCUUUUAGACCCCAUAGAAAAACAAAAUGACGAUUUUGAUAUUUUGACAUGGUGGAGGCUAAAUGGGCCAAAGUACCCUAAUAUGCAAGCAAUGGCUAAAGAUAUUCUAGCAAUUCAAGUUAGUACAGUAGCUUCUGAAUCUAGCUUUAGCACGGGAAAGAGAGUUAUUGAUCUUCACAGGAGUUCACUAACUCCAAGAUCAGUUGAGGCACUCAUUUGUCUACAAAAUUGGUUGAAGUCUGACUCAAUUACAAAUCUUGGGUAUGCUCCCAGUCCUGAGGAAAUGGAGUGGUUAGAAAACACCGAAAAAGAGUUUGAACAAGAAGAAAGGGCAAGCAAAAUAAACAUAAAUAGUUGAAUGCCUAAGUCAUUUUUGAAGACUAUUAUUGACUUUUGUGAGCCACUAGUUUGAAGUUUAAACUAAUUGAAGUUGAGGGCUUGUACUUGCCAUGGAGAUCAUUAGCGAAUACUUUCCAGGCCAAGAAGGAUCAAGAUUAGAGAAUAUAAUAUAUUUAUGGUGUUAAAUUUGGAACUAUAUUUGGCUGGACUAAUUGUACCUUUUUAAGCUCUAGAUUGUUACUUAAAAUGACAGUUUAACUUUAAUGUGUCAAUAAGUCCUAACUUAUUUCAAUCAUGAAUUUGUAAUAUUAAAUUCGGUGGUGUAUUGUGAUUGUUUGGUUGAUGGCAGUUAUGUGGUGUAUUCUAACUACUUUGUG